AUGGCAGAAGCCGACGUAGCUGAAAAAUCUGCUGAACAAGGAGGACUCGCUCAGGUCACAUUGUUGAUUGUGUGGAUAUUUACAAAAAAUCACAAGUUGCAGAGAAAACCAAGUUUUGAAACAGAUAAGAUUACUUCUACUAAACCAAUAAAUUGGCUUGAGAAAGUUAGAUGUCCUAAAAGAACCGUUCCUAUUCAAAGAAUAACUAAAGAUGAUAUCGCGCAAGAAAAAUCUUUAUUAAAUAAUUCUUUAAUAUAUCAUGAUAGCUCCUCUGGCCAUGAAGCCAAGGUGUCUAUCCAAAAGCGUCCUGCUUUCUAUGGAAUUACAGGAACUACAAGUAUUUAUAAUCCAAGAGUACUUCCUGAAUUAUACAAGGGUAGUGAUUCAACGUUUUUGUUCACAUCAUGGACUUCUGAUGGUUUCAAGAAUACUGGAUGCUACAAUAUGUUGUGCCAAGGUUUCGUUCAAACAAACACAUUAUAUUAUCUUGGUUCAGAAAUACCUAGAACAUCUGUCUAUGAUGGAGAAACAUAUGAGAUGGAAAUUAGCCUUGCACGGGAUCCAGAAAGUAAAAAUUGGUUUUUGGCAAUUGCAACGACGAUUAUUGGAUAUUUUCCUGGAGAAUAUUCUCCAACUUCGAUUACGCGGAUGGAGCGGGAUGGGGUGGAAAAACAAUAA